GGCAGCACCGUGCUGCAUCCUCCGGGGCUCCCGUCUCCAAACGGGCUCUCGUUGGGACAAAAUCAUUGGAACCCGUGUGAUUAAUUCACUCUGCCCUGGGCCCAUGGAAAUCACUCUUUCCCUAACCCAUCACGGACAGGUGCCUUUCAUAGUCAUUGUGACCUAAGGCGGCCUCGGUGUCCCUUAGCUGAGUGGGGCUGGUUCUGGAUGGAGUCUGACAGGACUGUCUGUCCGGCUCAGCCCUUGGAAGGCAGAGAGUCAUCGGGGAGAGGGCGCCCCAAAAGGACCUGCUCACGGGCUCUCCUAAACACCCUUUUUGGAGUAUGUCAAAGGCAAGAUGAAGUCAGGUCCUCUCCACACUGUUUCUCCUCAUUCAAAACAAACGGGAUUUAAAUAAUAGAAUGAGCUAAGAGACAAGAAGGAUUUUCCCCUAGAUAUGGAUGCAUACUCUCACAGGUUGCCAUCCCCUCCAUAGGAAAGGGGACACGUGCAGGGAAUCCAUGGGGCAGGGGGCACUCAGUCAGGGAAUGCGUGGCCAGCUGGGCACUUCAGGAGGGAUACACUCCUGCCUUCUCUCAUACAUCGGUGCCAGCCAAAUACCGUUGCUGCUGCUCUUCUUUGCCACCAUCUGCUGGCCCGAAUAUGCCCUCCUCUGCCCGAGGUACCCCUCCUCUGCCCGAGGUACCCCUUCUCUGCCCAAGGAACCCCUUCUCUGCCCGAGGUACCCCUCCUCAGCCCGAGGUACCCCUUCUCUGCCCGAGGUACCCCUCCUCUGCCCGAGGAACCCCUUCUCUGCCCGAGGUACCCCUCCUCUGCCCGAGGUACCCCUCCUCUGCCCGAGGUAUCCCUUCUCUGCCCGAGGUACCCUUCCUCUGCCCGAGGUACCCCUCCUCUGCCCGAGGUACCCCUUCUCUGCCCGAGGAACCCCUCCUCUGCCCGAGGUACCCCUCUUCUGCCCGAGGAACCCUCCUCUGCCCGAGGAACCCCUUCUCUGCCCGAGGUACCCCUCCUCUGCCCGAGGUACCCCUUCUCUGCCCGAGGUACCCCUUCUCUGCCCGAGGUACCCCUCCUCUGCCCGAGGUACCCCUCCUCUGCUCUGGUAGCCUGUUCAUGCCUGUUCUUCCCACUGAUGAUGUGCGGUUUUGUAGAAGAAUAAGAACUGGGUUUGGGAGUUCAGGAGGAUUUUUCUGCUACUUCACAUUUCCCCACCUUAGAGUGCCUGAAAUGCCUCUGACCUGAGCUGAUCUCGCUUGU